UCUGUCCAGUUUAAAACCGCGCGAAAAUCGAAUUUCGAACUCAGUCGUGUCGCGCGAACGGUACACGCAGUGGUAAAGAAAGUGGGUCAGCCUUUUUUUUUUAAUUUUUUUUUCAUUUUUAAAUUUUUUCCUUCGACGGUUUUCAACAUGAAGUACCUGGUCGUUCUCGCUGUCUUCGCCCUGGCUUUUGCGGCCGAGGAGAAAGAAGAGGACAGGCCGACGACUUUCAGAAGAUUGAUCCCAGCUGACGUGCUAAGAGACUUCCCGGGCAUGUGCUUCGCGUCUACCCGCUGCGCUACCGUCGAACCUGGCAACACCUGGGACCUGGCACCCUUCUGCGGCCGUUCCACCUGCGUCGUCAGCGAAGACCAGCCACCACGACUCCUCGAACUGGUGGAGGACUGUGGCCCUCUGCCUUUGGCUAACCCCAAAUGCAAGCUUGAUACUGAGAAGACCAACAAAACCGCUCCCUUCCCCGGCUGCUGCCCAAUCUUCACCUGCGAAGACGGCGCUAAGUUAGAGUACCCUGAACUUCCCACUCCUCCCCCAGAAGAAAAAGAAGGAGAGGAAAAGAAAGAGGAAGAAAAGCCUAAAGCUUAAGCCUUAAUAAC